AUGAUUGGAAGCCGUCAGAUUCUGAGCAGCAUUGCUCUCGGAUUGACUGCUACCUGUGUUUCCGCCAAACCCUUGGGCUUCAAUUCGACUUCCCUCGGUGGACAUGCCAACUACACGACCCCCACUGCAGAAGGAUCUGACACUGCCUCUGUAGGCACUCCGUCUGUCGUUGCUGCCAUCGAACAGUCGACCACCACCACUACGCUGGUCUACGGCAACGAUCCAAUGGCUUCCUCUGCGGUCGGCUUGCAGACAAUUGUUGUCACUGAGACGGCCGCUGGCUGCACCCUUGGCUCUGCAGCGACUGGUGUGCCCUCCGCUAGCGCAAGUGUCAAUGGCCAGGCUCCUUACGCUAUAGCAGCGUCGUCCACUCUUUCCGCCUCUUAUGCAGCAUCAACUCUACUCCCAGCAGUACACUGGGACUAUCCCGUGGAUGACAUUCACAACUUGGCCCCUUCCAACAGUUCAAACCUUUACUAUUCUUCCAACGGCGUUUCCGAUCCUUCGAUCCAGCAUCUGUUUGCCACCGUUUCGACCACUCUGAUGUAUGAGUCCGUUGUCCUGGACCAUUCCACGUUCGUUGCAAACACUUCUUGUUCCAAUGAUGGUAUCAUGGUCACCUUCACGUCGUCUGAAGCUUUCAACUUUGCAUCUACUAGCUGGUCCGCCUCAUCUUCCGGAUUCGUUCUUGUCACCUAUACAGAUGGGUGUCAUGGUACAUCUGAUCAGCAAAGAACCUUCUGGCUGAUCAACUCGCUGGAACUAUUGGCUGAUUCCCUGUCCAUUCUUGCCAAUGUUGAGACUGAACUGGCAGUCGAGAGCGCACUGCAUGAAGUCGACCUGCAAUGGGGCACAUACUAUCCGACCAGCAACUCGACCAACGGCACCACUUCCGGCAACAGUGGUUCGGCUUCUUCCGGUUCCUCGUCUGGCUCGUCCAAUGACGGCUCAGGCUCGGGAUCCAUGUCCGGAUCUGGCUCGAACACAUCUAAUUCAACUACCGGCACCGGUUCGUCCUCUGCAUCGUCGAACUCCACGACAGGAUCUGCAAAUGGCUCGGCUUGUGGCAAUGCUCCUGCGUCUGUGAUCGAUGGUCUCCCUGCCGCCAACUGUGGUGACGCCACCUUCGAUGCGGAGCUCGACAAUGCUAUCGGUUACCUCGACUUCAGCUCUGCAUCCGAAGAUGGCUCCAGCAUUGCAGAGUUCCUACCUGACGCUUCUGUGAGCUCUACCGACCUCGCCGAUGCCGAGGAUAGUGCUCCACUGUCCCAACGAUCCGCUGUCGUCAGUGUAGCCAAGACUGUUGUCCAGGUUGCUACUGCUCCGGUGCGACUUGUUGCUGAGGGUAUACGCAAUAUUCCAGUCGUCGGAGACUUCAUCGCAAAGCAAACAGAACUCGACCCUUCAAUCAGUGGUUCAAAGGACUUCAACUUCGGUCCUGACGCCAAUGCCGAUUCUCCAUGGGGCAAGGCUGCCGAGAUCUACACAAAGUCCAAGACUUCUGAUACAGGAAGCGCCGAUGUCACCAUCUACUGUGUCGACUGUGGUGUCAAGGGACACGUUGCUAUGGCCGGACAAGCAAAGUUUAACAUCCUCGAUGGUCUUCACGGUCUGACUGCUGAUCUCAGUGCCAAUCUCGAGGCUGGUGUCAACAUUGGUCUGGUCGCUCACGCUCAGUACUCGGAUACCAAAACCAAGGCCUUGAUUCGUGCACCUCUUCCUGAGGUCGGCGUUGCCGUCAAGGGCGUUUUUUCAGCUGGUGUGUACCUGAGCGUCGACGCUGUCAGCACCGUCGAUGUGCAGGCUGAAGGUGAAGCGCUUGUCGGUGUCGUCAUGACCAUUCCAAACUUCCAAGCAACUCUCAAUCUGUUUGAUCAGGACGGUGCAGGAAAGUCUGGUGUCUCAGGCCUUACUCCUACCUUCCAGAAGCGCUUCGAGGCUAGCGGGAAAGUAGCCGCUUCCGUCAGAUUGGCUCUUCCCAUUGCUAUUAACUGUGGCUUCGAAAUCCCUGCCCUGAGCCUCAAGAGAGCCAUUUCUCUCAUCGAGCAGCCAAGUCUGUAUGGAAAUCUCACAGUCGCCGCAAGUACCGCCAAUGUCGCACCUGCAAGCGAUACUUGCAACAACGGUAUCGAAUACUUUGCUAACCGCUGUAAAUCUUUCGGAUCCAGCUCCUCUGCAGUAAGUGCCGAAUCUUCUGCAACCCCUACCGAGGACCCUACCUCAGCAGCAACCACUGGCGAGGCCACAGCUCCAGCCACUACCGGAGACGCCGACGCUACACCAACCGCAGGACAAACUACCGUUGAUGGUACGCCUACAACAGGACAGACUACUGCCGAUCUCACUAGCGAUGGUUCGGCUAUGCCAACGACCACAGACGACUCCGCAUCAACCAAUCCAAUCGCUUCAGAUGCCGUCACAACUCCUACGGCCGACUCGACUGCUCCUACCACGACCAACGACGCCGCUUCUACCGCGGAUGUUACAUCCCAAGGAAGCACAGAUAUCCCUUCCACGACGACUCCCGCACCCGAGGCCACGUCAGCUGGUGAGAGUGGGUCGGUUGAGCGUCGUCGCGCUCCCUUCGUGCGCCGCGACAACUCAACCAUGUCUACCUCAAGCGAUGAUGAGGUCAUUGCGAAUGAUACUGAAGACACUUUCGAUGCCACUGAUAACUCAGACGAGACCAACGAUGCCGUCUCUGAUGAUUCUUCGUCUGCUGAUGGCACUGAAUUCGAAGCGGACAGCAACGAAGCAUUGUCCCUCUCCGCCGACCAGCAGACCGAAGACGGCAUCACCUUUGACACUCUGAUCGAUAUCCAGAAGACUUUCCAGGUCGUGCCCGGCACCGAUGGAAACCUGUACACCGCCAGCUACACUGCCGGGUCUCCCAGUGACGCCGGACUCUUCGCAUCAUCGCAGAACGUCAUCAUCGGUGACGAUGAGGAACGAGUCCUCCACUACUACCCAGACGAAAUGGCAGCAUACAAUGUCAGUCGUAUCAGACUCAGCUCCGGCUCCGAGAUUCCAAAGACUGCCGAUGCGAUCGCCUUGUCGCCAAUCGACUACGACAACUCUGACGGCACCCCUUCUGCUUACUUUGCAGUCACCACCAAGAAAGAUGUCUACAGUCUGGUUCUCUGCAACUUUGCCAAUGGCGCUGACAGCAAGAUUUUCAUUGUUAAUGAUCAGUCUGGCAUUGACACACUGCAGAAUAAUGCCAAUGUCAAGUUUACGGUUACGGGCGCGCCUGUCAAGUAUUGUUCGCCUUUGGCCAUUGUUUCUGGUGGUAAUGGUACCGUUUCUGCAUCUUAG